UUGUUUCCUGUCGGAAGGAAUAUAAUGUAGCGCACGCUAUUCGCGGAUAUGGAAGUGUAGUACAGUAAUAAACAAAAACAAACAAAUCAAAGCAGAAUAUUAUCUUUUGUAGACUUUACUGUACACGAUGGCUGUCAGCGCAGUGCAUUUAGAGUCGGACGCGUUUCUGGUGUGUAUGAACCACGCGCUGAGCACCGAGAAAGAGGAGGUGAUGGGACUCUGCAUCGGAGAGGUGGACACGAACCGUAUAGUGCACAUUCAUUCAGUGAUCAUCCUGCGGCGCUCAGACAAGAGGAAAGACCGAGUGGAGAUUUCACCGGAACAGCUGUCAGCCGCGUCCACUGAGGCCGAGAGGUUGGCAGAGAUGACGGGACGUCCCAUGAGGGUUGUGGGCUGGUACCACUCUCAUCCGCACAUCACCGUGUGGCCCUCGCAUGUGGAUGUUCGCACUCAAGCCAUGUAUCAGAUGAUGGAUCAGGGGUUUGUCGGACUCAUCUUCUCCUGCUUCAUAGAGGAUAAAAACACAAAGACUGGUCGAGUGCUGUACACCUGCUUCCAGUCAGUACAGGCCCAGAAAGGCUCAGAGUAUGAGCGGAUCGAGAUCCCGAUCCAUGUCGUUCCACAUGAAGCCAUUGGGAAAGUGUGUCUGGAGUCGGCAGUGGAGUUACCCAGAAUCCUCUGUCAGGAAGAGCAGGACACGUACAGGAGGAUUCACAGUUUAACUCACCUGGAUCCAAUCACAAAGAUACAUAAUGGAUCAGUGUUCACGAAAAACCUGUGCAGUCAGAUGUCAGCCAUCAGCGGGCCGCUCUUACAGUGGCUGGAGGACCGACUGGAGCAGAACAAACAGAGCAUCAUCAAACUGCAGAAGGAGAAAGAGCUGCUGACGCAAGAGCUGGCGGCAAUAUGAGGACACGGAACAAAACAAAUCACUCACUGCACACUCACCUCUCUCCUCAAAUGUUAGCUCUGCUGCCACUCUCGGAUGGGAGAUUAAAGACAGGACGUCUGUAAGUCCACAGUUCUGUGACCUCAGCACAUUUUACAGAGCGACACUGCUAAAUGCUGUUCUUACUUAGAGUUUCUGUCUUGUUUCUAGUCUAAAUAUCUGGAAAUUCUCAUUUUCUGGACAAGCAAUGAAUAUAGUGUUGUUUUCAGAAAUAUUGAGUCAAAAUUAAGGGAGUUUUCCUUAAAACAAGCUAAAUAUGACCAUGAAAAUUGAAAUAAGAUGAGUUUUUUGACUGCAUUGGCAGAUUAUUUUGCUUGUUUUAAGGAAAAACUCACUUAAUUUUGACAAGAAAACACGAAAAUAUGCUCUGCUUGUGUUGAAAAUGCUUCUUGUUUUAAGAAUUUUUAGACAUUUGGACUAGAAACAAGAUUAAGACCAGCAUUUUUUGCAGCUUAGUCUAAGUUUCUUCCAGCCAAAAUUCGAGUUAUGAAUUCUUUAGUGCUGGCUGCCAUUACAAAAGAGUGUUGAAAAUAAAACAGCAACUCUUUUAAGCCUUUCUACGGUGGCCCAGAAAGUUCAAAUGUGUCUCAAGUUAAAGGGUUAGUUCACAUGUAAUUGAAAAUAUACUCAUUUCCUCUUCCUCAUGUUGAGUUUUCCUCUUCUUUUGAACACUGAUAAAGAUAUUUUGAAGAAUGUUGGGAACCUGUAACCAUUGACUUGCAUAGUAAGACAAACAAAUAUUAUUGAAGUGAACGGUUACAGGUUUCCAACAUUCUUCAAAAUAUCUUCUUUAGUGUUCAGCCGAUAAGAGAAACUCAUAAAGAGUGAAUAAAUGAUGAUAUAACCAAUUUUUUUGUUUUUAUCCGUAAGAAACGUAGAAAACAUCAGGACAUUAAAGGGAUAGUUCACCCCAAAAAUAAUAUUUACUCAUUAUUUACUCUUCCUCAUGUGGUUUAUCAUGAGUUUUUUUCUUCUGUUAAACACUGAAGAAGUUAUUAGAUCUUAGAAACCUGUAACCAUUGACUUUAGUUGUAGGAAAAACAUACGGUGGAGGUCAAUGCUUAUAUGUUUCCAACAUUCUUCAAAAUAUCUUCUUUUGUGUUCAACAGAAGAAACUCUUUAAGGUUGAGUAAAUGCUGACAUCAUUUUAAUUAUUAUUUUUAUUAUGCCUGAGAAACGUAGAAAACAUCAUCAGUUUGACAACAUGCACUUUAAUAAAUUUAUACAGAAACUGAUUUAAUAAUUAAUACAGAAACACACUGCAAAAACUGCAGGACACAGUGGAAAUGUGUUGGGGAGCCCAGCCACAGCCCAGCCACUUGUAACCUGUAACCAUUGACUUCCAUAGUAGGGAAAACAAAACGUAUGGAAGUCAAUGCUUACAGGUUUUCAACAUUCUUCAAAAUAUCUUCUUUUGUGCUCAACAGAAGAAAGAAAGCUAAUAACUUGCAGCACAUUUGAACUCUCUCAUCCAACGUACCUUCCUGUUAUUUUGUCAUGCCAUUGCACACACACAGUUUUGUUUUCUGAUACUGUAGUGUGUAUUCGCUCCACACUCUGAACACACUGAUUUUAUUCUCUGUUACUGAUUUGAUUUGGAUGAUGAUCAUCAGUGUACAGUGACAUUAUUUACUAGCGCUGUUUCUGCAUAAAUCUCUGAAUGUACAAACGUGUCAGUUUGAAAUGACAAUGUAAAAUAAAAGCUCAAAUCAUUAAA